UGGUGGAAAAAACAAAGAGCAACAAUCAAAACAUAAUCGAUUCUGCAAAGAUUAACUUAUACGGUGCGUUUCAAUAUCUUUAUCGUAAUUAAAUAAGUAAAAAUGCCUGGAAAAGUUAAAGUUAAAGUGCUUGCCGGGCGCAACUUACCGGUGAUGGACAGAGGCAGUGAUACCACCGAUGCAUUUGUUGAAAUAAAGUUCGGUUCGAUUACUCACAAGACGGAUGUCUGCAGGAAAAGUCUCAACCCAGUGUGGAACUCUGAUUGGUAUAGAUUUGAGGUGGACGAUGCCGAUCUUCAAGACGAGCCGUUGCAAAUUCGCCUCAUGGAUUACGACACCUAUUCGGCAAACGAUGCUAUCGGGAAAGUGUACAUAAAUCUGAGCCCCCUACUGCACCCUUAUACUCUGGAAAAACCAACACAAAGUAAUACGGGCAAAGGUUCGGUUAUGUCCGGGUGGAUUCCGGUUUAUGAUACUAUGAAUGGAGUGCGAGGCGAAGUGAAUGUAAUAGUUAAAGUUGAUUUAUUCACCGAUUUCAACAAGUUUCGUCAGAGUUCUUGUGGAGUCCGCUUCUUCCAUUCAUCUGUCAUUCCUAAUGGCUAUAACGCACAAGUGAUUCACGGUUUUGUGGAGGAACUGGUAGUAAAUGAUGAUCCAGAGUACCAGUGGAUUGACAAAAUACGAACUCCCCGGGCUUCCAACGAAGCAAGACAAAUAGCUUUUAUGAAAUUAUCAGGACAAGUUCAAAGAAAAAUUGGUUUGAAGGCUAUUGAGCUGGGAGCGAAUGCAGUUAUAGGAUACGCUCAAUGCUUUGAUUUAGAAGGAGAUGUGGGUGUGGUGGCUCGUGGAAUUGGCACAGCUGUUACGCUAGUGAAAAUGCCCGAGAACUUUUCUCAUCCGGUUGUUGAUAGCACACUUAUUGAAGAGAAUGAACAAGUCAGCCAGAAUGUGUCAAUAGUUAACGGAACAAAACACAGCCGCGAAACAGAGAACAUUGCUGUUGCAAAUAGGGUAUCACAAAGCCCGGCAAAAGCAGGAACGCCCGGUUCUGCAGUGGCGAUCAUAAAAGAUCACAAUUCGAGCAGUGCAAUCCAUAGACGAUCAUCUGAUUCCGACCUUAGUAUUACGCCUAAAGGAAACUCUCUUACGUCAAACGAUCGCUACUUUGGUAUCGGUUCGAGGGGACAACCAACAAGUGUAUUAUUAAAACCAAUAAACCAUGACGCACUGGAACUCCUUGAAUAUCCAUUCCUAACUAUCACCAAAGUACCUCCAGGAUUUGUACGACAUUUAGGUGCCACUGUAUCUGCACGAUCAGUGAAGUUGUUAGCACGUGUGCCCAAUCCCGAUGAUCCAGAAACUCGCGAUAUGUGGUGGAAUGAACUUCGUAUGGAGAUCCGUUCACAUGCUCGUGCCAUCGGUUGCAAUAUGGUUUUGGGAUAUACGGAAACGACUACAAUAUCCGAGGACGUGUGUGUAUUAUCGGCCAUUGGAACUGCGACAGUAAUAAAUUCUCAAAACGGUGAAACAUCUGCCAUUGAUAGUUCCAGACCGCACGGAACUUCUAUUAAUAAAGAAAUCAUGACGUCGUCGAUGGAUGGCCAAGAAUUAGAGAAAGACUUCAACCCUAUUUCGGAGCUAAGCUCAUCAACGAAAUGUGUCGAUGUUUCUGAUAACCAGAAACCCGUUGAAAUGGACGGCACCGAUGCAUCCGGUUACGCAGAUGUUCGAACGUUGAGAGACACACUGGAUUCUACAAACAAAACUACUGUAUCGCAACCAGUGAGCAGUCACUGCGGUAUGUGCCAUAUCACAUACUCACACACAUCCAUCCCAUUUAGAAUUAAUACGAUGAAGUGCGCAAUCUGCAAGAAUGGAAGCGUUCCAGAUGUUUUGCUUUGUACUAUAGAGAUUCCAGAUGGACUACAGGUUGAUGGUCGUGGGAUUCUUAUUCAAGCACAUGCUUGUAGAUCGAAACGUGAUCUCAAGGGCGAAUCAAACGCCAAAGAAAUGUCGGAUGCAUUGCCAUUUCUUGAAAUAGAAUUACAUAAAUUACUAAUCAACAAGCUUAAAAUGAAAGGAAUGAAUGCAAUUUUUGGCUUGAAAACUUCAGUAGCUGUUGGAGAACGAAUGAUGGCCCUAGUUGCGACCGGUACUGCUGUUUAUCUCUCUGCGUUGCCACGUCCAGCAUUGCCAAAAAUUGUUGCAGGGAAUUCAUGGGCAGAUUCGGAGAAACUUGUUGAACUGCAAAAAUCCAUCCAGGAGACAGUCGAGCGAAAUCGAGAAUUUUGCCAGUUGAAGCACAUAAAUGAUAUGUUUACCAACAACAAAACAUUGGCACAACCUGAUGAGUCUGAUGAAUCGGAGGAAGAAAUGAUAGAUCUUGAUUUAACCCAUGGCAAUAAAGAAACAUGUGUAUUAGAAGUGGAUGAUAUACAUGACUUGGAGAUCAUAUCGCUACUAAUGGAACCAUGUCCACCAGAUGGUUUUCAUGUGGUAAAUACACAAGUAGUACCGGGCCUACCUGAUGUGGAAGUAGUGCGUAAUCUACAAAUGUUCACACAAGUGUGGCGUGCUAAACUACCCACAAGCCAACCGAAUAUAAAUUUUUCGAAACAUUAUCAGCGCCUAUUACAAGCUAUAUAUUUUAAGCUACGAGCAAUGGUACCAUGUGCAAUAUGCGACCUUCGCUUCAAACUUGAUCUUCCAGAAAAUGACGAAAUUCAACUGCUUGUUACUGGAAUGGCACUAGGACUUGGUGAACCAUUCAAACAUAGCACAAUGAAAGCAAAACAUUUGACAAACAGCAUUGCCAGAGACCAAGUCAAACGUGUAGAUGAUGAUUUGAUUUUUAAUUUAGAUGAAGAUAAUGUACCUCCAGCAAACAAUUCACAGCACCAUACUGCCACAACACAGUUUGCCCAAUCGGGAUCAAUUAAAUACCGACGGAGAUCUCCCUGUCGAGGACGAUCUGGAUCUGGACGACUCGUAAGGCAUAUGCCGUUGAAGGAACGUUAUGGAAUCGACAUCACACCGCUGAGUUAUGUGCCAGGUGGGCGAAUAGAAAAAUAUUUAGGUAAUUUAGAUUUUUUCUUCAUAAGAGAAUGCACUGCCGUGAAAGAAAAUGGAGGAUUGAGCGGCUUUGUCCACAGCUUCAUAACAGAAGUUUUAGCAGUGGUUAGAGCCCAUGUUACAUGUCUCGGUGGCAACGCAAUGGUAUCGUUUUACAUGACAGAGCUAGUGUUAGUAGAUAACUUGCAUAAAAAUCAGGGACAAUGUUUGAUGAGUGCCGGUGGAGACGUUGUGUUUGUUUCUUAUUAUAGAGAUGACUGAUAGCGGUGUCUACAAGUUAUGAGUAUGAUAGAAAAGUGCAAUGUUUAAUCCAGAAUACAUUUCUUUUUUAAUAAAUGAGUUUCUAUGCUACAAAUAAGUGCAAAUGCUCGUGAAUAUAUGAUCAUCGACAAUA